UGAAUUUACUUAUGUAUGGGUUCUCGCACGUUUCGUGUAUUGUAUUCUCAUAAUUUAGACACCGCAACCUACAAUAGCGAGCUAAAAACAAAAGUUUAUGUAAAUUGACAGCAGUGAAACUUCAGUUCACUGAUUGACAGUGACUUUAUGCCUAAUAAUAUGCAAUAACGUCAUUAACCUUAAAAUCACGAUUGCCACUUCAAAAUAAUCCACAAAACAUUGAUCGUUAUGUGAUAUUCCGGAAUUAAAAAGAAAGAGUUUGGAAUGAAAUCAAGUAAACGUUCGAAAAUAGCAUUUAUCCAUCCCGAUCUGGGAAUUGGAGGUGCUGAAAGACUUAUAAUAGAUAUGGCAAAUGCUCUUGUUGAUGAAUAUGAAAUAAUGUUUCUUGUUAAUCAUUUUGAUCCAAAUCAUUGUUUUGAUGAGUUGAAAGAUGGAAGUUAUGAAAUAAAAACUUUUGGAGACUGGAUUCCAAGAAGUAUAUUUGGAAGAUGUAGAGCCCUUUCUGCUUACAUAAAAAUGAUUUAUUUGGUAAUAAUUUACCUCUUAUUUUAUAGAAAAGAAUAUAAAAUAGAUUUUCAUGUUGUUGAUCUCAUUCCGAUAGCUGUUCCAUUCUUGAAAUUAUUUAAUCAGAGAGUUUUAUAUUAUUGCCAUCAUCCAGAUUUAUUAGCUACAACAAGAGAAAGUACAUUGAAAAAGUUAUAUAGAAAACCAAUCGAUUGGAUGGAAUACAAAGCUACAAAAGCCUCUGAUAUAACCUUGGUUAAUAGUGAAUAUACUGCAUCAGUCUUCAGAAAAACUUUUCCAUAUAUUGAGAAACAAGUGAAGGUUUUAUACCCUACGAUAUCUUCAUCUGUUAUACAACUUUUAAAAUCAUCUGAUAAAGAAAUUUCAAUUGAUAGCAUUUUAGAUGUACCAAAAGAUUCCUUUGUAUUUAUAUCAAUUAACAGGUUUCAUCCUGCGAAGAAGUUAGAAUUGGCAAUUGAGGCUAUGAGCCGAUUAAAACUAUUACUUGAUGAUUCUGUAUGGAGUAAGACAUACCUUGUUAUGAUUGGAGGCUACGAUCCUCGGUCAGAUAUCAAUAUGAUUUAUUUUGAUAAACUUGUAAGUUUAUCUGAAACUCUACACCUCAAGGAAAAUAUAAUAUUUUUGAAAUCCCCCUCGGAGAGCAAAAAGGUUCAAUUUUUACUAACUUGUAACUGCCUGAUAUACACACCAAUAAAUGAGCAUUUUGGUAUUGUGCCUCUCGAAGCUAUGAUGGCCAAAAAACCUGUUAUAGCUUGCAAUAGUGGGGGUCCUAAAGAAACGAUAAACCAUGGUGUUAACGGAUACUUGUGUGAACCAAAUCCAGAAAACUUAGCUGAAUUCAUGUUCAAAAUUAUAAAUGACAAUAAUUUUGAACAAAUGGGAAAAAAUGGAAAUAUUCGACUGAAUCAAUUAUUUUCCAAUGAAUUAUUUUCUGAUAAAUUAAAAACUAUUGUUUCUGAUGCUUUAGACAGUUAGGUUAGCACAUUCACAUAAUAUUUUGUAUUGUUUUUUCACAAAAGGGAAAUAAUUUUUCUUUAUGUACAUAAACUAUUAUAACAAAGAAUAUAAUAUAUCAAAAAAAUUCUUAAUUU